UGAGAAAUUUCCUGUGUAAAAUUAUUUGAAUCUAGUACAAAUAUUAGUUUUCGUUCAAUUCUAACUCACAUAUUUCACAGCAAUGAAACCAAUAUACCACGUUUUAUGGGUUUAUUUAGCAGUAUUUUUAAUUAAUAAAGGUCUGUGUUGCGUAUUUUUGAGAUUAAACAAAGGACUGAUUAAAGGGCGCAUUGCUACAAUUCCAAACAGCAAUAAAAAAUUUUAUGCUUUCCAACAAAUACCAUAUGCUGCUCCACCAAUUGGAACAUUACGCUUCCAGCCUCCUGUACCGGUUAACGCAUGGGACAAUAUUUUAGAUACUACAAAAAAUACAAAAAUUUGUUAUCAAAUUGGUGUUAAUUCGAUAGAGGAAGAUGAAGAUUGUCUUUACUUAAAUGUUUAUACCCCAAAAUUACCUUCUACGAAUAGCAAUACAUCUUUACCUGUUAUGGUUUUCUUCCACGGAGGAGCUUUUGCCAUAGGAGACUCUAAAUAUUCUUCAUAUGGACCCGAAUUUCUUGUAAAUCAUGAUGUAGUUAUUGUAACUUUAAAUUAUCGGCUUGGAGUAUUUGGUUUUUUGUCAACACAAGACGAAGUGAUCCCUGGUAAUAAUGGUCUUAAAGACCAACUAUUUGCUUUACAAUGGGUCAAUAAAAAUAUUCAUUUAUUUGGCGGAAAUUCGUCUGAAAUUACUAUAUUUGGACAAAGUGCGGGAGCUGCAUCAGUUGGUUAUCAUCUGGUUAGCAAAAAAUCAACCGGGUUAUAUCGAGCUGCUAUAAUGGAAAGUAGUUCAGUCUUAAACUCAUUUGGUUAUCAGAGAAAUGCCAAACAUUUUGCACAUAAAAUAGCGUCUUAUAUUAAUGCAAGCGUAACUGAAGAAAGUGCAUCUGAAGAAAUUCUCAGUGUUAUGCUUCACGCUUCAUCUACAGAAAUUGAUAAGGCGGCUGAUAAAGUAGCUUCUGAGGAAAGUUACAACAGUGCUCAACUAUUUCAAGGCUACUUUUUUGCACCUGUUGUCGAACUAGAUUCCAAAAAUGCGUUUUUAACUGAAAAUAUGUUUGAGAUUUUAGACAGAGGAGACGCCAACAAUGUUCCUGUUAUUAUUGGAAUAAAUUCUGAAGAAAGUCUGAGUCAAAACACAGAUGUAAAUUUUUUAACACGACUUAUGAAAUUAUACGAUAACGAUUUAAAAGCUCUUGUUCCUAAUAAUAUGAACAUCGUUGAUGAAAACUCUAAAGAAGAAGCAGGGCAACUUAUACGAGAGUUGUAUAGUGGAGAUGAUUUACUACAAAAUGUUCCAGCAGCUGGGAUAAAAUAUAUGAGUGAUACAACAUUUACAAGACCCGUAAUUAAGUAUACUUUAUUACAGUCAAAACAUUCCGAGCUAUACUUUUAUCAGUUUUCAUAUGACGGAAAACUGGGAAAUAUUUCUGUUGUAGUUGAUGGAACAGAACGUGUAGGUCAUAAUGAAGAACUUGCUUAUCUCUGGAGAAUUCAAAAUGAAAUAUUUGAUAAUUAUGAUUUGUCACUAUUUCCAGAAAGUGAUAUUACAAUACAAAAUCGUUUGGUAAAAUUGUGGACUAAUUUCGCAAAAACUUUAAAUCCAACACCUGAAAAAAUUGAUCUUUUUCAAAAUAUAAUUUGGCCACAAGUGUUAGAAGACAAUGAUUUUCCUUAUUUAAAUAUAAACGAAAAUUUACAAAUAAAAAAUUAUCCAAAGAACGACAGUUUUUGCGGAUGGGAAAGAAUUUACGACCAAUAUGGAAAUCGGCCCUAUGAUUCAUAUUAACUCUUGAUUUAUAUUAAUUUAAUUUACAAUUACAGAAUAGUUAGUUAACAAUUUGAAGACAGAAAUUUUAAACAUCCUUUUUCUGAUUUUUAAAUGUUUUUGUGUCACAGUAAUAAAAAAACUUAUGUUACUUUAAAUACA